GGUGUUUCUCCCUGUUAGUGCUGGAGGUGAGGUAUGAAAUGAGGCAGACUGACGUUUGCGCACGCGUAGCACAUGCAUUCACACACACGCGCGAACACUUACCCCCUGGCUCCUACAUAAAGCAGAGCAAACAGUUGAACCCUUUCGGGGCCAGACGGCAAAAAUGACAAGUACGCGGGAUGCUGCGCUCCAUCCAAGCGGAGCCGGUUGUGUGUUUUUACGCACGGCUGUAGAUUCAUCCACAAAGUCCCCGAGACUCCUCCAGUUUAUCCUGCUCAUGUCAGCGAUGUUGCUCUUUCAGACCCAUCCAGCAUCAGCUCAUCCUCAGUGUCUGGACUUCGAGCCCCCGUUUAAACCUCCGUGGCACCUGGAAUUCUGCACACAGUACGAGGAGUUUGGCUGCUGCGACCAGAAAACGGAUAACACGAUCGCAGAGAGAUACUGGGACAUCAUUGACCAGCUGGGAGAGGCGGGUUAUGAGCUUUGUGGAGACAUGCUGAAGGAAAUCAUGUGUCAGGUACAUUAAUCUCCCUUUUCAGAGCUGCUUUAAUAGAUGGGUUUAAAAUCUCUGGCACAACAAGUGAAGAUUUAUUGCAUUCUCCUCAGUUCUGGAGAAUCUUAGGAAUCUUUCAACAACCUACAGUGUCUUAAAAUUAUAGUCAAGAGGCACAGUCUUACAUGUGUAAAUCAAAAUCUCUGAAUCAACUUUUAAAUAAAAACUUCUGGUCUAUAUAUGACCCCCAGUAAACUCUUCUUAAAUGUAACUUAAAGGGGAUUUUGAAAUUGUGCAACUCUAAUUUCAUUCAUUGUAAUUUAAUUCGUACACAUGACCCCAACUGUUUUUGUGUAGUUUAAACCAAACAGUAAAAAACUGAGACAAUUCAGUGUAAAAGAGAUGACACAUGGAUAAGUAUAACUUGACCAAGAUUUCACAAUGAUUUCAAGAAAGCAAAAUUAUGCUUAGAUGCACUUUAACCACAAGUAUAUCCAAAGUCAAGCACUAUAUACUGGAGCCAUGUAUUUAUAAUAUUAGACAAACUUUACUGUGAGCUGUAACGAUCCUAAAACAGUGGAGAGAAAAGGGGUUACGGGAGAUCAUGGUGCCUGAAACCUGAAAUGCCCCAGUGAAAACCAGUAACUCAUCCUGAGCUCAACCCAGUUUGUGCGCCUUAAUCAGGUAGCGUGCCUCUUUCAUUUCUACUUGCAAUCCCUCUUUUUGCAAAAAAAGUUCCAGAAUUAAAAAAAAAGACGCACACAAUUUUCAUAAGUUGACUAAAGCUGUAAGGAGAUUUUGUCAUCUUAUCAAACAGAUUGAAAUGAGCAACUUCUUCAUACUCCCAAAAAAGCAAGCAAGACAGUUAACAAGACUGACAUUUUUAAAGAAAUAUAACGUUAAAUCAGUGUUGUUUUCAUUGACGAAAAUAUUUUGUCAACGCCGCUUUUUUUCCACGAUGAAGAAGUGAUGUUGGCGAGCUAAACAUAAGUCCUUGAUGACUAAAAUGUGGCGAGACGAAUGUGCGUUUACGUUGACGAGACGAAAACGUUAGAGGUGGACGACGAACAGAGUUGCAAAAUUCAUGAGCAUUUCAUUAUGUCAAACGCUAAACAUAUAUUCUCCAGUGUUGUUUUCGUUGACGAUGACGACGAAAUAUUUUCGUCAACGUCAUCGUCAAUGAAAACAACACUAAACGUUAAAUAUCUGUAACCUCUGUGAAGAGUUAUUGUCACGGUUCAGGCACCGAGGCUCAAAUGCGGACAAAGAGACUCAAGUCAGAGCAGUUCAGUUAAACAGAUAUUUAUUUGGUCCAAAACUGCAAACAGAAAUAGGAAAACGGAACUAAGGUGGGCAGUAACAAUUAACAAAAAGCGCUGUCUGAAAAACGCGAGACAGGAUCAGUAAUAACUAACAAAAACGCUGUCUGUAAAAACGCAAGACUGGAACAGUAAUAAUUAACCAAAAAGCGCUGUCUGCAAAACGCGAGACUGGAACAGUAAUAAUUAACAAAAGCGCUGUCUGCAAAAACGCGAGACAGGAUCAGAACAAUUAACAAAAAACGCUGUCUGCAAAACGCGAGACAGGGUCAGAACAAAUAACAAAAAGCGCUGUCUGCAAAACGCGAGACAGGGUCGGGUACUACCAGAGCUAGCGAGAGAGUGAGUGAGCAGGCAGUCCGUGAACUCCGACUGGAGGGAGAGAGGCAGGUGGUGAUGGCGUGAGGCGGCGUCCUGGACGGAGCUGGGAUGAAGAGCAGGAGAGCUGGGUACGCAGACGGGAAGAGCAGGCGGAGUGGGCAAGGGAUUUUCAGGUUACGGUCCAGCGUCGGGUUGUGGGAAGCGUCUGGUUUUUAUGGCAGCGGGUGAAUGAAUGAGAGCGCUCCUCUCCCCGCCACACGGAUCGAUCCGCUGAUUAGUAAGUGGCUGCACCUGUCCGCCCUGAAGCUGCAUCACACCAACACCUGCUUAGAGAGAGGGAGAAAGAGAAGAGGGAGGGGGGAGAAGAGAAAAGAGAGGCUGCCCCUAUCUGGCCCUAGAAGUAGAGGGCGUGACAGUACCCCCUACGUGCACCUCCAGGUGCACGAAGGCGCUUCUCUGGGUGGCGGCGGUAGAGGUCGCUGACCAACGUGUGGUCCAGGAUCUGGCGACGGGGAACCCAGCUGCGCUCCUCUGGCCCAUAUCCCUCCCAGUCGACCAAGAACUGGACCCCUCUACCCCGCCGACGGACAUCCAGCAAGCGACUGACAGUGUAGACUGGCCCAUCGUCCACUAUCCUGGGCGGAGGAGGGGGAUGGACGGGUGGGGCCAAAGGACUCUCCCGUACCGGCUUUAGCUGCGAAACAUGGAACGUGGGAUGAAUCUUCAUGGACCGGGGCAGCUUAAGCCGGACGGCAGCGGGGUUAAUGACCCUCUCCACCUCGAACGGACCGACAAAGCGUGGGGCCAACUUCUUUGACUCCACCCGGAGUGGGAGAUCCUUGGCCCUGAGCCAAACCUUCUGGCCCGGGGCGUAGGCAGGAGCAGGGGAACGGCGACGGUUGGCCUGUUGCUCCAUUCUCAAGGAGGCCCGGCGGAGGGCGACCCGAACCUUCCUCCAAGUUCGUUUGCACCUCCUGACGAAGCUUUGCACCGAGGGUAUGACAAUCUCCUCUUCAGAAGCUGGAAACAGGGGGGGCUGGUAUCCCAGGACGCACUGGAAGGGGGACAGUCCAGAGGAAGAGUUAGACAGGGAGUUGUAAGCGUACUCCACCCAGGGGAGUUGAUUGCUCCAGGUCGUAGGGUGUUCUGAGGCCACACAGCGUAGGAAAGUCUCUAGAGACUGAUUGGCCCGUUCCGUCUGGCCGUUUGAUUGUGGGUGGAAACCAGAAGAGAGACUGACCGUGGCCCCCAGAGCCUUACAAAACGCCCUCCACACCUCUGACGUGAACUGGGGACCACGGUCGGAGACUAUGUCGGAAGGGAUGCCGUGAAUCCUGAAAACCUGAGAGACCAGAAGAUCUGCAGUCUUAAUGGCUGUGGGUAACUUGGGCAGGGGAAGGAAAUGGGCAGAUUUGGAGAACCGGUCGACAAUGGUUAAUAUGGCGGUGUUGCCCUGGGAAGGAGGGAGGCCUGUGACAAAAUCCACUGCAAUGUGGGACCAGGGUCUCCUGGGAAUGGGAAGCGGCCGCAGGAAUCCGGAGCUGGGUUGAUUGGACGUUUUGUUGCGGGCACAGACGGAGCAGGCCAGGGUGAACUCACGGGUGUCUGCCUCCAUGGUGGGCCACCAGAACCGUUGCCGGAGGACCUCUAAGGUGCGGGCAGAUCCGGGAUGACAGGCGAACUUAGAGGUAUGCCCCCACAUGAGGACCUGCGGGCGGACGGCUUCUGGGACAAACAGGCGGUUUGGGGGACCGCCUCCGGGGUCAGGUUGCUGUUCUAGGGCCCGGAGUACUUGGGCCUCAACCUCCCAAGUGAGGGAGGCGACAAUGCGAGUCUGGGGCAAGAUGGGUUCUGGGUCUGGCAGGGCGUUCUCUCCGGAGAACUGACGGGACAGGGCAUCAGGCUUGGUGUUCCUGGACCCGGGGCGAUAAGUGAUGGAGAAGUUGAAGCGGCUGAAGAAGAGGGACCAGCGGGCCUGGCGGGAAUUCAUCCUCCUGGCCGACCUGAUGUAUUCCAGGUUCUUGUGGUCUGUCCACACGAUGAAAGGCUGCAGGGCACCCUCCAACAGAUGCCGCCAUUCCUCCAGAGCGAGCUUGACGGCCAACAGCUCGCGAUCUCCGACAUCAUAGUUCCUCUCUGCGGGGGUAAGACGCCGUGAGAAGAAGGCACAGGGGUGUAGUUUUUGGUCUGUCGCAGCCCGCUGGGACAGGACUGCCCCUACCCCGGUGUCCGAGGCAUCCACCUCCAGGAUGAACUGUCUCUCGGGAUCUGGCUGGAUCAGGAUAGGCGCCGAAACAAAGCGUUGCUUCAGCUCAGAGAAGGCCUUGUUUGCUUCAGGGGUCCAACAAAAGAUCUUGGUGGUGGAAGUGAGGGUGGUCAGGGGGGCUGCAACAGAGCUGUAAUUUCGGAUGAAACGGCGGUAGAAGUUUGCAAAACCAAGGAAGCGCUGAAGCUGUCUCCGGUCUUCGGGACGGGGCCACUCAGUCACUGCCUCCACCUUUAAUGGGUCCAUCUUGACCUCCCCGGAGGAGAUGAUGAAUCCCAGGAAAGCCACAGUGGAUGCGUGGAACUCGCAUUUCUCUGCCUUGACGAAGAGGCGGUUCUGGAGGAGACGUUCGAGGACCUGGCGGACAUGGCAGACGUGUUCUUCAAGGUUUCGGGAGUAUAUUAAGAUGUCAUCCAGGUAGACGAAGACGAACCGAUUGAGCAUGUCCCUCAAGACGUCGUUGAUGAGGUUCUGGAAAACUGCGGGGGCGUUAGUGAGGCCGAAGGGCAUGACCAGGUAUUCAAAGUGUCCCAGGGGAGUAUUGAAGGCGGUCUUCCACUCGUCGCCCUCCCGGAUUCGGAUGAGGUGGUAGGCAUUUCUAAGAUCCAGUUUGGUGAAGACAGAGGCUCCAUGCAGCGGGGUGAAGGCAGAAUUGAUUAGGGGAAGGGGGUAAGUAUUCUUAACAGUAAUGUCAUUGAGGCCCCGGAAGUCUAUGCAGGGACGGAGGGAUUUGUCCUUCUUGGAGACAAAAAAGAAUCCAGCGCCGACAGGGGAUGAAGAGGGGCGGAUGAUGCCAGCCGCCAGAGAAUCGCGGAUGUAGGACUCCAUGGUGGCCUGUUCAGGUCUAGACAGGUUGUACAGUCUGCAACGGGGUAGUGUAGCUCCGGGAAGUAAGUCUAUAGCACAGUCGUAGGGUCUGUGUGGGGGCAGAGACAGGGCUUGAUCCUUGCUAAAAACCAUGGCCAGAUCGUGGUACACAGAAGGUACAAGGUCCAGGUUGAGGGGUUCGGAAGGUAGGGCCCGGGGGCUGGCUCGAGUUUCAGGAGUCAGGGCAGAUGUCAGGCAACGUUGGUAGCACUCCCGGCUCCAGGAACGGAUCUCCCCCUGCUGCCAGUCAAUGUGGGGAUUAUGGACCUGGAGCCAAGGGAACCCAAGAACCAAGGGUGGACUAGACUGGUCGAUGAGGUGGAAGGAAAUUGUCUCAUGGUGGUUGCCCCCCACCACCAGGGAGACCGGAACAGUCUUAUGGCGGACUUGGGCCAGGUGGAGUCCGUUCAGAGCACGAGCCUCCAGGGGCGCGUCAAGAGUUUCUGUGGGAAUGCCGAGCUGGGACGCCAGGCGAGAGUCCAGGAAAUUCUCUUCAGCCCCAGAAUCCACCAGGGCUAGAAGAGGGAUAGGCUGACGCUGCCAACACAGGGUUAUGGCCACUUGGAGACGUUGUGGGGGCGAAGUAGUAGUACGGCUCACCAGCAGAUCCCCCGUCACUGGCGAGCCGGACCUUUUGGCGGACGGGCGGGGCAGGAGGCAAUGUAGUGACCCGGACGCCCACAAUACAGGCACAGGUUUGCUGACCGACGUUGUAACUUCUCCGACUCAGUGAGGUGGGCCCGGCCGAUCUGCAUUGGCUCUGGGAGAGACUCCGGCGGGGGGUCCGGCUGAGUUCUGGGGCCUGGGGCACUUGGGGUUCUGGUGGGUCCUAGUACAGAGCGGGCGCUGCGUUCUCGCCUCCUUUCCCGGAGCCGGUUGUCAAUCUUAAUCGCUAAUGCGAUGAGGUGGUCUAGGUCUGGAGAGUCGUCACGAGUUGCCAGCUCGUCCUUUAGGGCCUCACCUAGCCCUUUGUAAAAGGCUCCCUGGAGCGCGCCGUCGUUCCAGGAGCUCUCUGCAGCCAGCGUCCGGAACUCCACCGCAAACUCUGCGACACUCCUUGUCCCUUGGGAGAUGGCCAUGAGGCGGUGGCUGGCGUUGUUACCGCUUACUGGGUGGUCAAAGACCUUCCUCAUCUCUGCCACGAACGCCGCGUAGGACUCACAGGCACUGUCCUGGCGUCCCCAAACAGCCGUGCCCCACUCUCUCGCCUGUCCUGACAAUAACCCGAUGGUGUAAGCUAUUUUUGAACGAUCGGAGGCAUAGGAGAGAGGCUGCAUCUCAAAAACUAGUGAAACCUGAGUUAAAAAGGCCUGGCAGGAUCCUAACUCCCCCUGUAACGUUCAGGUACAGGCACUACAGGUUCACGAGAGGGAGGUGGAACACUAACGCUAGCCAAGACAGGAUUAGCGGCUAACGCUGAGCCUGGGGGAGCAGUCUUAGCAAUUUGACCAGCCAACCCUCUUAACUGGGUGGUUAGUUCAGAGAUCUGAUUAAGCAUAACAUGAUUACUACUGACCAGGGAACGCAACAAUUCAUCAUGUUGAGCUAACACGCAUUCCUGAUUAGCAAUAGCUUGUUGAAACGUGGUAGCGGGGGAGACUGCCUCCGCGCCAGUCUCUUUGUCUGCUGAGCUCAUCUUGGCUGGACCGUACUGUCACGGUUCAGGCACCGAGGCUCAAAUGCGGACAAAGAGACUCAAGUCAGAGCAGUUCAGUUAAACAGAUAUUUAUUUGGUCCAAAACUGCAAACAGAAAUAGGAAAACGGAACUAAGGUGGGCAGUAACAAUUAACAAAAAGCGCUGUCUGAAAAACGCGAGACAGGAUCAGUAAUAACUAACAAAAACGCUGUCUGUAAAAACGCAAGACUGGAACAGUAAUAAUUAACCAAAAAGCGCUGUCUGCAAAACGCGAGACUGGAACAGUAAUAAUUAACAAAAGCGCUGUCUGCAAAAACGCGAGACAGGAUCAGAACAAUUAACAAAAAACGCUGUCUGCAAAACGCGAGACAGGGUCAGAACAAAUAACAAAAAGCGCUGUCUGCAAAACGCGAGACAGGGUCGGGUACUACCAGAGCUAGCGAGAGAGUGAGUGAGCAGGCAGUCCGUGAACUCCGACUGGAGGGAGAGAGGCAGGUGGUGAUGGCGUGAGGCGGCGUCCUGGACGGAGCUGGGAUGAAGAGCAGGAGAGCUGGGUACGCAGACGGGAAGAGCAGGCGGAGUGGGCAAGGGAUUUUCAGGUUACGGUCCAGCGUCGGGUUGUGGGAAGCGUCUGGUUUUUAUGGCAGCGGGUGAAUGAAUGAGAGCGCUCCUCUCCCCGCCACACGGAUCGAUCCGCUGAUUAGUAAGUGGCUGCACCUGUCCGCCCUGAAGCUGCAUCACACCAACACCUGCUUAGAGAGAGGGAGAAAGAGAAGAGGGAGGGGGGAGAAGAGAAAAGAGAGGCUGCCCCUAUCUGGCCCUAGAAGUAGAGGGCGUGACAGUUAUAGGUGUCAGGUCCCCCCUUCGUCCACAGGGGGCAACAAAAUCAACACACACAUGAAGUUCCUGAAAGGAGCUUUAUCUAUAAAGUCAAGGGGAAUGAUUUCUAGGGUCACUCUGAAACAUUAAAGUCAUAAUAUCUCUAACCUACUGUCUCAUGGUUGUCCUGUCUAGGAGUGCUCUCCUUAUGCAGCUCACCUUUAUGAUGCCGAGGAUCCGUACACACCUGUCAGAGAGCUACCUGGCCUUUGUUUCAGCUACUGCUCGGACUUUCAUGGAAAAUGUCGUCACCUGGUCAAAUAUCUGACUGAGAACCAGCUCUUAAGGGACACUUCAGAGCGAGAUGCGUCCACCUUCUGCAGCUUAGUCGACUUAUCUGACCAGGACUACUGCUACCCCAACGUAUUAAAAAGCACCGACCUCAACAGUAACCUGGGACAGGUGGUGCAGGACCCCAAAGGGUGUCUCCAGCUGUGCCUGACAGAGGUCGCCAACAAUCUGAGAAACCCGGUUCUGAUGCUGCACAGCAACGAUGAAACCCAUCGCAUGUUUAUCGCAGAGCAGUUGGGCUUUGUUUGGGUGUACCUGCCUGACGGGAGCCGGCUGGAGCAACCUUUCAUGGACUUGAGCGGAGAGGUGAUGACGACGCCAUGGCUGGGGGACGAGAGGGGCUUCCUUGGGAUGGCCUUCCAUCCAAAGUACAGGGACAACGGACUCUUCUUUAUCUACUACUCCAUCCAGGUCAACGGGCAGCAGGAGAAAAUCAGAAUCAGUGAGAUGAAGGUGUCUGCCACUGACAUGAACAUGGCUGAUCCUUACUCAGAGAGGUACGGAGAGCUUUAUUCCUUUAUUUGUUUUGGUUGGUAAUGCACAGCUUUAGAAGUCUGCACCUACUGGAGUUAUAGAGCUGUGCUUUGAGAAACCCGCUGGGCUGUAAAUGUGCCAAAGCUUGCAUAAAAAUGUUCUGAGUUUGAUACAGUAAAUCAUUGGUGUCAACCCAAGUUUCUGCCAAGGCUCCUCUGGAUGCCAUAACGUUUAUAGUUUUUCCGCUAAGAGCUAAAUUCAACCUGGCAAAAUAUGAUUGAAAAUCUUAUCAACAAGAGGACUCAUAUCACAGCUUAAGUCACUUUCCAGUCAUUGCUUUUAGAUCUCUCUAUUAUAAUCUUGAAAUAUAAGAAUAUUGUUAACCCUAUAAUGUCUGAAACCACAAAUUAUGGCCAGAAAGUUAAUAUUUUUUGAAGCUAAAAUAUUUAUUUCACUUACUACUGAAAACCAAAAAAAUUAAAAUAUGUCCUUAAAAUUUUACAAAUAUAUUUAUUUAUCUUGUCUGAUAGAUCAGAUGUUUUUGGAAACUGAUUAACCACAAGAGGACAUUUUUAUCAUUUAUCGGACUGUGUUAAGGUGUUUUUUUUUUUGUAAUUUGUUGAUCAUAUUGAUUGAUAGAAGUAUUAUAAAAGUAUGUAUCAAAUAUGAUACAAAAGGCAAUGAAGGGUUAAAGCUUUUUUUCCUUAAAUUAGAUCAAUACCACUCCUAUCUGUAGGUGGGAAACAAACCUGCAGUUCCUAAAGUGUCCACUUGAGGCUGGCUCCAAAAGCUCAGAAAUCCCCAUUUAGACCCAUGUUCAAAUGCUCUUUUGUUUUUUUCACAGCAAAAUUUAACAUGUUUAAAGUCCAGUAUAUAAAGGUCAUUUCUCCAUUGGUCCACACUGUGCAGGUGGUUAAAUUUUUAAAAGCUCAUCUGAUGGAUUAAAGUUAUGCAAUCGUGUUGUAAGAUUAGGUGCAUGGCUGACUUCACUGACAGGUUAGUGAAGUCGUUUGCCAGGAGGUUAAAUGCCUGUCUCAGCUUCCUCUUUCCUUACAGUCUGGACUGAUUGAAAGCUGGGUUGAGUCAGCGUUUUCCACACUUCAAAAAGCUAAAAGCUAAUCAGACAGACGUCUACGUCUAAUAAAAAAGACGGAAACCUACAAGAAACAAGAGUUUUUUGUUAACCUGCUUCAGAUCCUGAGAAGACCUUCACUAUGCUUCUCGCUCCACACAUAAGAAUGUUAAUUUUUCUAUAAUGUAGGGGACUUUUUCACCCCCAAGGCCUGCUCUGUUAUCACCUCCUCGUGUUAGACAAAUAAUUACAGCUCUGGAACGAGUGACAUAACUUCAAGCAUUGGCGUUGAUAAGGUAAAUGUUGGAUAGAGCUUCACCUGAGGGCGUGCUUAAGAAUCAUGGCACCCGGGUAGAUAUCUCAGUAAAACAUCUUUAUCAUCUCUGGAGGAUGUGACUGAACUCAACGACAUCCUUUUUCCAUUCAGGGUCAUACUGGAGAUCGAGGAACCGGCUGCUAAUCAUAAUGGGGGCCAGCUCCUGUUUGGACUUGAUGGAUAUUUGUACAUCUUCACUGGUGAUGGCGGGAAAGCUGGAGAUCCAUUCGGGAAGUACGGAAACUCACAAAACAAGUAAGUCAGAAAACUGGUGUUCUGGUUUUGCAGCUAAUGCAUUUGAAGACCCCUCAUCUCACCUCUUUUUCCGACCCAGGACCGCUCUGUUGGGGAAAGUGCUUCGUAUCGACGUCGAUGGAAGCGACUCCAGUUGGAGGCCCUACAGGAUCCCCCCUGAUAACCCGUUCUUGGAUGAUCUAGAUGCUCGUCCAGAAGUUUAUGCAUACGGGGUUAGAAACAUGUGGCGAUGCUCUGUUGACCGCGGCGACCAGGUCAGCCGAUACGGCAGAGGCAGGAUAUUCUGCGGAGAUGUCGGACAAAACCGCUAUGAGGAGAUCGACAUUAUCGAGAAAGGAGGGAACUACGGAUGGAGAGCCAAGGAGGGUUUUGAGUGUUAUGAUUUGAAGCUGUGCCACAAUUCCUCCUUGAGUGAGUAUACAUAGAGACGCCUGAUGUUUUAACACGUUCAAUCUUUCAGCUUUACUCAGUCUCUGUUCAUCCUUUCUCUGCCACCACCACAGAUGACAUCCUCCCUAUAUUCGCGUACAGCCAUCAUGUUGGGAAGUCUGUGACAGGGGGAUAUGUGUACAGAGGAUGUGAAUCACCCAAUCUGAACGGCCUGUACAUUUUCGGAGACUUUAUGAGCGGGUAAGAUUGUGCUGAUCUGAGCCAAAGAUUUUACUCCAACUGUUGGGUUUAAAAAAAAAACUCUUGAAUUCCUUCCAGCUUAUUGGGGGUGAAGAAAAAACAGAUGACCUGUUUUUUUUUAGCCUGUCUCCUCAGCUGUGCUGCAUUUUUACAUUUAUAGAAAAGCCCAUGACUUAUUUGAGUUUUUUUUAGUCUGUUCCUGGUCUCCUUUAACUUCUGAAGAGUCUGAAAUUCUGAUUUUGAACAAAUAUAUUUAUCACUUUUCUGGAUCUCAAAGUCAUGGUUUCCCAUGCUGCUGUAUCACCCUUAUUGAAUUAUUAAAUCCCUCUGUCUAUGUCUACUGAUAAACUCUGACUAUGACUCUUGUCCAUCUUGCAGACGAAUCAUGGCGUUAGAGGAAGAUAAGACGACAGGUACCUGGAAGGAGAAGAGUGUCUGCAUGGGCAACACAAAGACCUGCUCUUUCCCUGGACUCAUCAACCAUCACCACAAGUUCAUCAUCUCUUUUGCUGAAGAUGAAGCAGGUAUCCUUCAAUCCAUCUCUAGGGUUAGGGGGUUAGGGUUAGGGUUAGGGGUUAGGGUUAGGGGUUAGGGUUAGGGGGUUAGGGUUAGGGGUUAGGGUUAGGGUUAGGGGUUAGGGGUUAGGGUUAGGGUUAGGGGGUUAGGGUUAGGGGGUUAGGGUUAGGGGAUUAGUGGGUUAGGGUUAGGGGGUUAGGGUUAGGGGGUUAGGGUUAGGGGGUUAGGGUUAGGGGUUAGGGUUAGGGUUAGGGGAUUAGGGGGUUAGGGUUAGGGGGUUAGGGUUAGGGUUAGGGUUAGGGUUAAGGUUAAGGUUAGGGUUAGGGGUUAGUGUUAGGGUCAGGGGUUAGGGUUAGGGUUAGGGUUAGGGUUAGGGUGUUAGGGUUAGGGUUAGGGGUUAGGGGUUAGUUAUCUGUACUCAUGGCGUGUUCUUGUUUCUUUAAGGUGAACUGUAUUUUCUGGCCACGGCGUACCCGAGUGCCAUAUCUCCUUUUGGAACCGUUUAUAAAUUCAUGGACCCCUCAAGGUGCAGUAUCAGACUUAGUAUUUUAAAUAAAUAAAAAAGGGGCAAAAUCCAAAAGUUCUCAAGGGUACUGGGGAAAAACAUAACAAGGAAAUCUAAGCCAGUUACAAAUCUUAAUGCCGCAUGAUACACUGAAUCCAGCAUUUUUAAAGAAGAAAGAUUUGCAUGCAUAUAUAAGAAGUCACCAUAAUCAAGUAUGGAUAAAAACAUUGCCUGUAUAAGCCUUUUUCUUGCACCAAAGGAGAAACAACCCUUGUUUCUAUAGAAGAAACCCAGUUUCACCCGGAGUUUCUUUGUAAGACAUUCAAUAUGGUGCCUAAAGGACAAAUUUUCUUCCAAGUGAAAUCCCAGGUAUUUGUAGACAGAAACUCGUUCAACUAAUUUCUCAUUUAGAGUAACAAUCUGACAAACAUCAUGUGAUCUCAAUGAUUUUGAAAAGCACAUCAUUUUAGUCUUAUCAGUAUUUAGUACAAGUCUUAAUUGAUAGAGAUUUUUCUGAAUAGCAGACUGCAGAUAUUCUGUUGCACUAGCUAAUGAUGGAGCUGAGCAAUACAAAACGGUAUCAUUUGCAUAAAAAUGGAAAUUGGCAUCAGUUACAUUUUGACAUAAUACAUUAAUAUAAAUAGUAAAUAAAAUAGGACCCAGUAUGGACCCCUGAGGGACACCGUUUCGAAUAGACAAGGAGUUGGAACACAAACCAUCAACCUGAACCUGAGGUGGCCUAUUUGUGGCCACCAUAUCGAUAAUGAAGACUCAACCUAACUUUCAAUUGUCCUACCCGAGACCCGAGGCCUUUAGCCUUCUUACAAACAGCUAGUUUAACGCUCGUCAGUCAAGUCUGCUUUCCAGUUGUCUUCAAUGCGCCGAUGCUUAUCAACUUCCAGGUCAAAGCCCAGCCCAGUAGGCCGCACCUUGACAACACUAAAGUCAGUUUGGGUCCAUCAAGGUGUUUACGUGCAAGAUGCAACCAGCCGCGUUAUCACUUUUGGCUCUGUUCAGCAUAGAGCAGCAUCAAUAGCUUACUGCCUGCAUAACAUCUCUGAAAACUAACCCGAUAUUUCAAUGUUGUUUUGUUGUGUGACUUCCUGUCGUCUUUAAUCUGCUCUAUGUGAAUGCAUGCGUUGUGCUCUUGCAUUAGCGGAGGCAUAUGUAUAGCCAAAAGUAAUCAAUCAAUGAGAUGCGUUCAUUGCUUGGAUCACCUGAAGCGGUAUCUGUAGGAGUUGAAGCAGAUCCCCUUCUUCUCUUUAAUGGUUCUUCAACAAACAUCUGAAUUGGCAGUAAAAUCUUUGAAAGCAAAACAGAAGAUUCAUGCCGUUUCUUCAGGCGUCCUGGCUGGCGGUGUAGUUUAACAAGACAGCACCUGAACGCGUGCGGUUUAACAAACGGACCAGCUGCUUAACACUGAAUAAAUUACUGGGUCUUAUCGAAAAAAGACGAACAACAAGAUUGAAAUAGUCUGAAUGGAUAGAUAAAUCGUAGACCUCCAAGUCCUGGACUUUGGUACGACAACAAAGGUUCAGAGAGGUGAAAAAAAAAAAGGACAAUUGGUAUUUUUUAUGUGAUGCUAGAUAUGACCUUAUUGACGUGUCCAAGAUUGUCUCAAGAAAUAUAGAUCAGUAAAAUAAGUCUGGAUGUCUUUCUGCCACUCCAUUGACAAGAAAACUAUUUAUACUUCCCAAGCCAACAUUUCAGUGAGAGGGUACGGCAUAUAAAAAAGUUCUAUCCAAUCAAAACCUCUUACCCACUUCAGAAAACCCUGUAAUGUUUUUCUUUUCCACGUUUCAUCCCUGAACUCCUCAAGAGCCUCUCAACGCUUCUUCUUGAACCUUUACAGGAGAGCUCCUCCGGGGAAAUGUAAGCAGAAGCCGCUGCCUGUCAAAGUGAGAGGAAAAAAGGUUCCUUUUGUGCCGAAGGAAUGUAAGUCACCUCAGUUUGCCUUUUGCAUUUUUAAUCAUUACUUCUCGUAAUAACUUAAUCUGUCAUUUUUACGACGUGCACGUACCAGACUCUUUUGAAAAGUGAUUUAAAAGGUUAAUUUCUGUCUGACAAGAUUGAGCCUCUAUAAUUGAGCCUUCAACUGAAACAUGUCUGUGAUGUUUUCAGUCUUGAGAGUGAGGAUAAUUUUGUCCGAUUUAAGCAGAGUAGAUAUAAACGUCACAAAGCAGCGUAUCAUCAAGUUAAUUCGACUAAUGUUAGAGUUUAGUGCAAGCAAUUUGUUCUGGCAGGCCGACAACUUGUCUUCAUUUACCGCUGACUUCUUGUUUCAAGCAGAACCUGCAGCCAAAUUGUAUAAUCACAUAUAAAACUAUAAAAAGAAGUCCUAUUUUACUUCAAACAUUCUUAAAAAAGAAAGAGACGAAAACAUUUCAAACAUUCAGCCCCGUUUUCAGAUCCAAAAAUGAAACCCAGCCACAUAAAAAACAACAACAUAUGUGGCUGCAGAAGCCAAACUUACGAACAUCUGUCCUAUUUCAGUGACUGUGCUGGACACGAAUGAAAAACCGACAAGACCACCGCCGAGGAAAUUCAAACUACCCACCAAACCGCCAGUGACAAGAAACCAGAUUAGAUCGACAGCAACUCCAACCAGCUUUGCAACCACGACAAGCACCUCCGUGAAGCCCAAGUGGAAAUCACUGGACAAGAAAAACAAACUGAAACCGCAGAAGAAGAAGAAAGUACCGAACAAACCGGCAGCUAAGAAGAAUAACUUGAAGAAGGACCAAUUCAAGAAGACAUCUGUGGUAAAGGCCGCUAAAGACAAAGUGAAACCGAGAAAUAAUCAAACAUCUACGGCUGAUUUUAAAAGUAACACUCUGAAAACACCGAAGAACCCGAAAAAAGGCAAAAUUCAAUCGCAGAAAGUCCCUCAGGGUAAAGGGGCGCAGAGGCCGAACAAACCAGCGAAGAACAGCAUCAAAGUGAAAGAACCUCCACGAGUCUAUAACACCUUUCUGAAUGAAACAGAGACCAAUUUUGAUGUGACAGGAAACCAAACGAUGCAGAACAAACUUCAGGGAAAACUCUAGAAACAAAAAUGUAAACGCACUUUAAAACUGUUUUUGUGUUUUGUAAAUUUUUUGUUUGUGAAAUGAGCAGUUGUUGAAAAAAACAAGGUAACAUCUCAGGAAACACGUCUUGGGUCUGUUUUUUCAAAAAUAUUGAUGGAAGUUUCCUGGUUCUGUGUUUUUGUUGGGUCCUAAGUUCCCAUGGUUCUUGGUUACAGAGGUCCCAUGUUCCCGCUGUCCUAUUUUCUCUCAAUUCAAAUUAUCCUCUUGGUCCCAACCCUUUUCCGUAUUAUGAAAAUGGUGUUAGGACAAGUCCAUGUACAACAAUCAGAAGAAAGGACUGGGAACCAGGAUGGGACCUUUGAAAUGUCCCCUUGUUUUAAUAUUUGGUCUUUAUUUUUAGGGACAAUGGGCUAAUCCUCUGGGAAACAUAAUCGUAGAACCAACUAACAAAGGGUGUUCUGGUCUGAGUUUGUGUAAAAGAUCUGGAGACCACUGUGUGUCAUGUGUGCCAAACUUUAUGAUUUUUGGACAUUCUUUAGGUGUUUUUUUUGAGUAAACUGUCACCUGUUUAGGCGGCCAUUUAGAAUUUUGUCAAUAACUCACUUCCUGUUAGCCUUUUUUUUGGGCACCCCUUCUAGGAUGUUUUGGGAUGACCUAAGGGACAUAUGUGCCAAAUUUCAUGCUUUUAUCCACCGUGUAACGAUUUUUCACCUAACAGACCCUACUAUACAAAAUAAAACAGGAAAUAAACACUAAAAAACUGAUCUAAAGAAUAAAACACAGAGAACAGGAGGGAAACAGGGUCAAAGACAAACUGAAAACUCAAAACAGGGGAACAGGAACCACUCAAAUAAAACCAGGAGAAGAAGAAAACUAAGUUAACAGAACAUAAGACAUGAUUGCCUUAUAGAUUAAGGGACCUUUGGGACCUUUUGAAACAGGAAUAACCUUAAAGACGCUUUCCAACCUCACGGUGGAUACCAACCCCAACACUUUGCUGCAUGCCUUCCCUGACUCUCCACCAUCCUGAUCCAUCGAAUCAAGAAGAGGACGAACUGCACUGCUCGUUAACCUCAGCAUCAAUAAGGGAUAUACUGAAACCACUAGCCUGGCUCCUAACUAACUUUUAAAGCAGACUAAUGUUGCGUCUUUGUUUUAGCAAGCUAGCUCUUUCCUUUAUUUCCAGUUUACAUCCCUGAAAUAUCCUCUAAAUGUUGACUUAUUCCUUUAGGCCACAAAACGAACAAUUGUUGUCUGCAAUUAUCCUCGUAAUGACACCACUCCAGUCCGAUUUUUAUGUCUGACUGUUGUGAAAUCGUUUGGUCUGACUUAAUCACUACUCUGUUUGUAAUUAGAAUCUAUCAAACAGGUCUGAAGGACAAAAUAGCAGCAAACAGAAACAAACAAAAAAACAACUUCUCACACUUUUUCUCUCACUUUACAACACAUAAGAGUGUCAGAAAUAAACAUAAGAAAGUGUGUCUUUUCUGUA